AUGACUGGGAAGAAAGCUAUUGCGAUAUGCCAAUUAGGUGGCGUAUUCAAGACUCUCGAUGAUGGCUCAUUGUCGUAUGAAGGUGGGGAUGCUCAUGCCAUAGAUAUUGAUGAGAAUUCAAAGUACAGUGAUUUCGAGAUCGAGGUAGCAGAGAUGUUCAACUGUUCACCGAAUUUCAUGUCUAUCAAAUACUUCCUUCCUGGAAACAGGAAGACACUCAUCACAAUCUCCAAUGAUAAAGACCUUCAACGCAUGAUGAAAUUUCAUGGCGAUUCUAGCAGCAUUGAUGUGUAUGUCAUGAUGGAAGAAGUUGUUCCAGAUGUUUCAAAUAUGCCUGCGAGUAGGUCAAGCAGAACAACAUUAUCGGAAGCCGGACUUCUCACGGACCCCACUCCUUGCGUAUUGGACGAUGACAUGGACGAAAUAAGUCCACGUGUACUCCUCGAUUCCACUUUCGAUGUCCCAAACGACCUCGCAAACCUCAACGACGAAAUUCCCAUAAUACCCCCCUCCCCUUCCCUCCCCCUCACCAUCUCCCUCCCCCCUACCCCAAAACACACCAAAGCCGCCCAACAAUGGCAAAACAACAUCACCGGAGUCGGCCAACGCUUCAACACCGUAACCGAUUUCCGCGACGCGCUACGCAAAUACUCAAUCGCACAUCAAUUCGCGUAUAAAUAUAAAAAAAACGAUAGCCACCGUGUCACUGUUCGAUGCAAAUCCGAUGGUUGUCCAUGGAGGAUCCACGCUUCAAGACUUUCCACAACCCAAUUGAUAUGCAUCAAGAAAAUGAACCCCACGCAUACAUGCGAAGGCUCCAUUGUGAAAACGGGUCAUCAAGCCACAAGAAGUUGGGUCGCGGGUGUUAUUAAAGAAAAACUAAAAGUGUCCCCAAAUUAUAAACCCAAAGAUAUCGUCACCGAUAUUAAAGAACAAUAUGGUGUUCAAUUAAAUUAUUUCCAAGCGUGGAGGGGUAAAGAAAUUGCUAAAGAACAACUUCAAGGUUCUUAUAAAGAAGCGUAUGGACAAUUACCGUAUUUUUGUGACCAAAUCAUGGAGACAAAUCCCGGGUCCCGCGUGACUUUUAACACAAAAGACGACUCGAGUUUUCACCGAUUGUUUUUAUCGUUUCACGCUUCGUUAUACGGAUUCCAACAUUGUAGACCGUUGAUUUUUCUCGGGAGUGUUCCGUUGAAGUCGAAAUACCAAGGGACUUUACUGGCGGCAACCGCCCCGGAUGGCAACGACGAGGUUUUUCCGGUGGCUUUCGCGGUGGUGGACAUGGUUUCCGACGAUAACUGGCGGUGGUUUUUGGAGCAACUCAAGGCGGCGUUGAUUACGUGUCACGGGAUCACGUUUGUUGUGGAUCGGGAAACGGGGAUAAAAGAGGCGGUGCGUGGUGUUUUCCGGGAGGAAAACGUCCACCACGCGUAUUGUCUCCGGUCACUUUCCGAUCAACUUAUACGCGAUUUGACCGGAAAGUUUUCGCAUGAAGUGAAGCGGUUGAUUGUCGAUGAUUUUUACGCAGCGGCUUACGCGAUGAAACCGGACGAUUUUCAAAAAUGUAUUGAAAGUAUUAAAAGUAUUUCGGUUGAAGCUUAUAAUUGGGUGAUUGCAAGUGAACCUGUUCAUUGGGCAAACGCAUUUUUCCUAGGGGCAAGAUAUAAUCAUAUGACAUCGAAUUUUGGUGAGAUUUUUUACAACUGGGCUUCAGAUGCUAAUGAAUUACCAAUAACACAAAUGGUGGAUACAAUUAGGAGUAAGAUUAUGGAGUUGAUUUACAACCGAAGAGCCGCUUCUAACCACUGGUUAACUCGGUUAACCCCGGUUAGUUCAGAGAGGUUAGAAAAAGAAAGUAUUAAAGUUUGCGCACUUCAAGUUUUUAACUCGGGUGAACAAUUUGAGGUUAGGGGGGAUAGUAUUGAAAUAGUGGAUAUUAAUAAUUAUGAUUGUAGUUGUAAAGGGUGGCAAAUUACGGGGUUGCCGUGUUGUCAUGCGAUUGCGGUUAUUGGGUGUUUGGGGCGGGACCCGUAUGAUUACUGUGCGAGGUAUUUUACGGUUGAGAGUUAUCGGUUGACAUAUUCGGAAUCGGUGAAUCCGAUUCCGAGGGAGGAGAAGGUGAUGGCGGAGGGGUUUUCACAGGCGAUUGUGACAGUGACCCCUCCGCCGACUAGGCGGCCGCCAGGGCGGCCGCCUAGAGUUUAUGUUAACGUGAAAAUCGAGAGGAAUAAACUGUUACUGUGA